UUUGGUUUGACUAUUGGUGAAACCCAACCGAACCGAUUACACCCCUCCCAUAAGCACUAGCCAAGGCGACGUCGUUUCAUUGUUUCAUCAACCCCGACCCACGAACCCGUUUCGCUUGAGGAUAUCAGUGGAAUUGUUCUGUGUUGGGCAAGAGACAGACUCAGUGGAGCCAUGGCCAUGGCAUCUCCCGCAUCACCUCCUCCUCGCUCGUUCCUCAUCAGUCCUCCCAAAGUCCCGCUGGAGCUCCACGCCACCAACCGAGACAAACUCCUCAAAUCUCUCCGUCACCACCUGACCCUCUCUUCUCGUCCCCUCCAUGGAUUCGUCCUUCUUCAGGGAGGCGAGGAAGAAACGCGAUAUUGCACCGACCACGUCGACGUCUUCAGGCAGGAAAGUUAUUUUGCUUACUUGUUUGGAGUGAGAGAGCCUGGCUUCUAUGGAGCUAUUGACAUUGCAACUGGGGACUCAAUUCUGUUUGCUCCCAGGUUGCCUGCUGAGUAUGCUGUUUGGUUGGGAGAAAUAAAGCCAUUAUCUUACUUUGAGGAAAGAUACAGGGUUAGCAUGGUUUUCUACACUGAUGAGAUUGUGAGAGUUCUGCACAAACAAUAUCAGGGAUCAGGGGAACCUUUGUUGUUUCUUCUGCAUGGGCUCAACACUGAUAGCAAAAAAUUCUCAAAACCAGCAGAGUUUGAGGGAAUGGAGAAGUUUGAGAGGGAUAUGGAUAAUUUGCAUCCAAUUUUGGCAGAGUGCCGUGUUUUGAAAUCAGACCUAGAGCUUGCUCUUAUUCAGUAUGCCAAUGACAUAAGCUCCGAAGCUCAUGUUGAGGUCAUGAGAAAAACAAGAGUAGGCAUGAACGAAUACCAGUUGGAAAGCAUAUUUCUUCAUCACACCUACUUUUAUGGUGGCUGCAGGCAUUGCUCAUACACAUGUAUUUGUGCCACUGGUGAAAAUAGUUCUGUUCUCCAUUAUGGGCAUGCAGCAGCUCCAAAUGACAGGACCUUGAAAGAUGGAGAUAUGGCGUUGCUAGAUAUGGGAGCUGAAUAUCAUUUUUAUGCUUCGGACAUAACUUGCUCCUUUCCUGUGAAUGGGAAGUUUACAAGUGAUCAACUUCUUAUUUACGGCGCUGUUCUUGAAGCUCAUAAUGCUGUCAUAUCUACAAUGAAGCCAGGAGUGAGCUGGGUAGAUAUGCACAAAUUAGCUGAGAAAAUCAUUCUCGACUCAUUGAAGGAAGGAUGCAUCCUUGUUGGUGAUGUCAAUGAUAUGAUGAACAAACGACUGGGUGCUGUUUUUAUGCCUCAUGGUUUGGGGCACUUCCUGGGUAUUGAUACACAUGAUCCUGGUGGUUACUCAAAGGAAAUGGAGAGACCAAAAGAACCUGGACUGAACGCUUUGCGUACAGUUAAAGAACUCCAGGAUGGAAUGGUGAUAACAGUGGAGCCUGGUUGCUACUUCAUUGAUGCUCUGUUGAUCCCAGCUUUGGAAAGCUUGAGCACUUCUAAGUUUUUCAAUCGUGAAGUAAUUGGCAGAUUUAAAGAUUUUGGCGGAGUUCGAAUUGAAAGUGAUGUGCAUGUCACUUCUGAUGGUUGCACAAACAUGACGAAGUGUCCGCGAGAGAUAUGGGAGAUCGAAGCAGUAAUGGCAGGGGCACCUUGGCCACUUGAAGAGAAUCAUCUCUCUUUGGAUAAUGGCGGAAAGAUCUAAUUUCUCAAGAGUAAGCGUGCUUGAUAUUUAAUAAUCUGGAUUCAGAUGCUCUCUAGAACUGUUGUCCCAGGUGAUGUACAAUAUAAAUAAAUAUGUAACAUGAAUUCAUUCUCAAGUUACUUUAAUUUUAAGCCAAUAAAUUUUUUUUUUUGAACGACA